AUGGCCGCACUAGACGUUUCGGACUUUUCGCAGGGUGCCACUUACUUUUACGUCUAUACAAAAUACAUCGAUGAGUACAGUCGCGUUCUUCUUGAUGACUAUAUUCGUACUGGGGAAGCAGAAGCUGUAAUUCUCCAUGAUCGCUUCCAAAGAGCAGACGACAGAUGGCAAGCAGUAGAAUUGCAGGAAUGCCUGCUACGAGCUCGACGGCAUUCUCGUUGGAUAGCGUUCAUUGAUCUCGACGAACGGUUGACCAUGACACAGUACAACGGUACCAUCUACGAUUAUUUGAAGUGUGUUGAGGUUCUUAUUUCGUUUUUCAUCAAAUAUCUACUUCUAAAAACAUUUCGGAUCCCAAAAAUUGGAGCCAUUCAAUAUCGUCAGCGAUGGAUUCUCAAGAAUGAGUCAAUGCCUGAGCGAUACGAGGGUGACCAACAGUUAUUAAAGGUUCUGGUGAUGAGCGUACAUUAUGUGCAAAAGUUCUUUGAUGACUAUAUUCUACACCGCUUGGAUCCGAAGGAAGGAGUAGUGAGGCACUAUCGGGACGUGAAAUCUGGUAACUGGGGGAAAGUGUGGUUGAAAGGCGUUGAACGGAUGGGUAACUUCUCCAUGACUGACUAUCCAGAGCUCUACAGUGCGCCGUUACUGAAAAACGUUCAGGACCGUGUUAGAUUUGUGUAUGGUGGAAUUAGCCAAAAUACGACUAUAAAAUAA